AUGGCCAAAAAACACCCUACAUCAGUGCAAAGCACUGAGUCUGAUUUGUGGCGUCAUUCCCUUUUCAAAAAGCUAUAUGAUGCUGGGAGGAAAAUAUGGGCCACAAAAGGGGAGGAACAAGAGGCAGGCAAGAAGGAAUUUAUUGAAGUCCUUAGGCAGUUGGAAGGAGAGCUUGGAAACAAGCCUUAUUUUGAGGGUGAGAGUUUUGGGUUCUUGGACAUUGCUCUCAUCACAUUCUACAGCUGGUUCUACGCAUUUGAGACCUGUGAAAACUUCAGCAUAGAGGCAGAGUGCCCCAAGUUGAUUGCAUGGGCCAAGAGGUGCAUGCAGAAGGAGAGUGUGUCCAAAACUCUUCCUGACAAAAACAAGGUCUAUGAGUUUGUUCUUGGUAUGAAGAAGAUGUUUGGUAUGGAAUAG